AUGUUUCCUGGCCUUACAGCUAUAAAAUUAGCUGAAGAAGCACGAAGUACAAAGCGCACAUGUACUGUACACGCCUUACAAGCAAAUCUUCAAUUGGAAGACUGUUCAAGAGGCGUCAGCCAAUGUGAGACCAUAGAUGACGGUGUGAGCGCCACUGAUCUCUGCCCUAAAACCCAGACAGCUGUUAAGUGCAUCCAUGACCUCCACUGUGUCUCAGAUGUGAUCCUGCGCUUAACCCAGCUGCAGAAGUUGAAGCUUCUGGCAGGCAAAACUUGUGAUAUAAACAGUUCAUUCCCCUUGGAAAAAAGUACAAGUGCUUGUGAUGUAGGAGUCAAGGGAUGCUUGUAUCCCUAUGUGACCAAUAUUGUUAGCACUAAUGUAAGCUCAACGCUCUGCAGUGAGUUGAACAAGUUUGUUGGCUGUAAGCGAGCCAUCAGCGACACUUGCAAGUAUACUUCUAGCCAGCUGACCACCAUGGGGGAUAAUGAGAAAACAAGGAUGAGACUUGGAACAACAUGUUCUCUCAACAAAGGAAGUUUUAUGUCUGGAAUGAGUGCCACCCUCUUGAUCACAACACUCCUUACCACCAUUACCAUGUUCAUCAAGAUUUAA